AUGAAAAACAAAAAAUGUGUGUUUAGGCAGUGUGCAAAGUGCUGCUAUUCAGAGAUGGAGCCAGCCAUUCCAAAUGACACUGGGCUGGUUUCAUGGCAUCAAUGGCAGAAGGAGAAAGUCAGCUCAGAAGGGAAAAUCUAUUCACAUUUUGUGAAGAGAGAAGUGACCGGAAAAUGGGAAGAUCUCCUGAAGAGCUUUAAUGAAAAGCUGGAAAGACUGACAAAGCAUCAUUAUACAUGGAUCCAUCAGGUGGAGCAAUGUAGGGCUCUCAAGAACAGCCUUCGAAACCAUGAGGCUCUAGUCCACAUGGACUUUUCUGAGAAUUAUUCAUGCAAGCUGAAUGUUGAGGUUCAGUCCUAUCAUUGGGGGGGGAGUCGAAGACAAGCAACAGUCCACACAUGCAUGGUCUACACUGCAGAAAGAUCAAAAGCUUAUGCUACCAUUUUCACUUCUCUCAGACAUGAUGAACGGGCAGUAUGGGCACACUUGAAGCCUGUGUUGGAUGAAAUACAGUCAAAUGCACCAAUAUCUACAGUGCACUUAAUGAGUGAUGGCCCUCUGACACAAUAUAGAAAUAAGAAAAAUUUCUUCUUGAUGUCAACCUUGCCUUUCAUGCAUGGCAUUGAGGCUGUCACAUGGAACUUCUCAGAGAAGUCCCAUGGAAAGGGUGUACCAGAUGGUAUUGGUGGUUUAUUAAAGAGAAAAGCAAAUGCAUUUGUCCAGCAAGGAGGGGAUAUUCAGCACCCAGAGGAAUUGUUUUCCUUUCUGGAAAAGUCCAAUUCUGACAGAGAAUACUGGCCAGGAGGAAGCAGGAGAACCAGAAGCAGUGAACUACUGAACUUCCUAUUGGUUAAAAACAAAGCAACAGAAAGCAUAAAUCUGAGUGUUCAUGCCUUUCCCAAACCAAUAAAAAUAGUUCCCACAUAAAACUCUACUGGGUAACAGAAGAGGACAUUGCUAGGGUGGAUGAGGCUGUGCCCACUGCCUUGCCAAUAGUCAAAGGCACCUUGGGCAUUCACCAAGUGAUUACAGACACCCUUGGAAAGAUCUCUCACAGAGAGCUGUCCUGUUUUUGCAAGCGUUUUGGAGUUACCUGCGAAUGUGAGCCACCCAUGGUCUUCGAUUUUAACUCUGAGAAAGCAUCCUGCACCACCAAUCAAGAACAGGAAGACAUGGCUGGAAAGAUGGUCAUUGUGUCUUAUGAUGACAAGCCUUUCGUGGGGCAGAUGUGAAAGCUGUCAUCUCAGAACCAGAGUCAUCAACCAGUCGAAGUUCAAGAUUGUCAGCUGAGGACUGGAAAAGAUUCUUAUCUGUCUGAAGAAAACAACAGUGACCAGCCACAGGGGGAGGGCGUUAGAAGACAGAUAUUUUAUGCACACUGUACUGAUUUCAGGUUACCAUGACAGAUUUGUUUUAAUCAUUGUUCAAGUGAUAGAUUACAGUUAUAGGGGUUAGACAGAGUGUUACGUUUUUUUCUAUGACUAAAUGAAUUCUGAGAAUUAGUAUUAGAGAUUAGAAGUGUUCAUAAGGUUUAGAUAUAAAUGUUACUGUGCUGUUUUUAACUGACUGUUAUGUUUGGAAUCAAACUGUAAAUAUGUUUUACCAAAUAAGAAAGUUAGUGCUCUUUUUAAAUUGACUAGUGGUAAAAAUCAAAUUUUAAAUUGGAUUUACUUGUUCAUAUAUUGUAUAAGACCUCAAACUGACAAUGCAUUCAUUCUUGUAUGAAACAAGAAAACUGUUGCAAGACAUUUUAAUGUCAUUAAAAGGUUUACUUUGGAG